GCCAUCGGGGAGCACGGCGGCGGGGCUGGUCCCGGCGCAGCGGGGGACGGCAGGGCACCGCAGUAAGAAACCGAGAUGCUCCUUAAGGAAAGGAUGCCUGCCCAGGACAAAUGAUGGAGCACCGUGGAUAAGGGUUCCCCACUGAAGGGCGAGACAUGCGGUAGGAGCCAGCGCUUCCCACCAAAGAGCGAGGACUCGGUCGUGCCGCACAGCCCGGGGCGCCGUGGGAGGGACAGGACAUGCACCGCAUCGGCUGCCUCCUCUUGGGACUCCUCUUCAUCCUCAGCGUGACCAGCACAGAUGGCUUUGCCCGGGCAGGCCGCAGAGUCUGUGCCACGACGCCGCAGAGCCGGGCAGCCACCUACACCGAGUCCCAUGUCCAGCCCGUCUACCAGCCCUACCUCACCACCUGCCAGGGCCACCGCCUCUGCAGCACCUACAGGACCAUCUACAGGGUUGCCUACCGGCAGGCGUACAGGCAGCUGCCCCAGCCCGCAGCCUCGUGCUGUCCCGGCUGGAGCAGAGCUAACAACCAUGCGCUCAGCUGCAACAGAGCUCUCUGCUGGGUGCCGUGCCAGAACGGUGGGAGCUGCGCCUUCCCCGGCAGAUGCGCCUGCCUGCCCGGCUGGACGGGGCGAGCCUGCCAGACAGACGUGGAUGAGUGUGCCGGCCAGAGCCACGGGUGCGGUCAGCUCUGCAUCAACACAGCCGGGAGCUACCGCUGUGCCUGCCAGGACGGCUUCGGCCUCGCUGCCGACGACAAGGCGUGCCAGCCCCUGGUCUCACUGCCUGAGCCAGAAACCUUCAGCCAAGCAGGUCCCCCCAGUGAAAUGAAGGAAGAAAUGAAAGACCUGAAGAGCAGAGUGGAAGCGCUGGAGCAGAAACUCCAGUUGGUGCUGGCCCCCUUCCACAACCUCAUGCCAUCUGCCCCGGAGGACGUCGGCGCAGACCCCAUCAGCCGGCUGUCCCACUCCCUCCAGCAACUGGACAGAAUCGACUCCCUGAGCGAGCAGAUCUCUUUCCUUGAGGAGCGGCUGGAGACGUGUAAGUGCCUGGAAAAAGCAGGGUUGAAGUAUUUCAUUCCACCCACACUGGCCACGGUGAGCAGAUGCGGGCCAGCGAGAUCAGUAACACAUAUGCCACUAUUAAUCUAUAACUCCCUCAAGCUCAGCAGCCUGUAAUUAAUAAAAGAUGAACACAAGCAGCCCAUUAGCUUCAUUUCAAAGCUGUUUCUAUGGCUGCACCAUCUGACUGCCCUUGUAGCAGCCAAAAAUCAUAAGAAGAUCGGCACAUGGAAACGUGGCUCUGGGGCAGAAUCAGCGGGAGCCCACUAUGAGCAGUGGGUCACGUCUCGCCAACAGCAUCCUCGCCGGCUGUGUUCCCUUCCUGUACCAUUGUAACUUAGUCCUUAGAAAAGAAACUCCAGCUCUUAGGAAAUUAACAGUCCAAAAAGUCAAUCAGGAAAGUUUAGGGAGCGUGCAGAAGUUGGCAGAUUUACGAGCCUGGGAAGUUUUAGGCAUUUCUUUUUGAAGUCUACAGACCAGUCCUUUGCCAAGCAGUGGACCAGAGAGGGUCUCCUAAGUAGCAAACGCUGAAGAAGAGUCACUGGUGAGAGCUGUCAUGUGUGAAAGGGCCGAAGGCGGGGGGUCCUGCCUGGUGCGCUCCCCCGCGGCGCCGCAGAGUGGGGCAGCAUCCCCUCGGGUCCCCGAGGUGUGCGCGCUGCUCUCCCUGGAGCACUGCAGCUUGACUCAGAGUAGAGCACAAACCAUACGAAGACUUUAUUUUGAUAGGCAGCUCUUUGCAGCUCGCUUUCCCAUCAAAUAAUUCCAGUCAAACAGGCCCAGAAACUAGGCAUGGCUGGGCUGGCUCAGGAGCUGGUGUGCAGCAGCAGCCUGGUGCUCAUGGCAGAGGGGUGAGGGUGCUUGGAAAGACUUAAGGGGAAACUUUGUUUCAGGGCCUAUCCAGUCCCAGUUCACUGCUUGCAGUAAUGGCUUAGAUAUAAAAGACUUCAAAGAACUUGUUUGAAGACUAAGUAGCUGCAAAUAGACACUUAAAAAACAUCUCGGAAAGGGGUAAUCAUCAGAACCACUGAGUGUUCCAGCAGAACGAGUUUCCUAAUAUUGCCCUGUACAUAUUAUUAGCGACAGCACCGAGGAAUGUGAGCAGUAUCACAAGGUAACAUGGAUUUAUUCCAAGGGAUGACUCCAAAGUCCCGAAAUUAACUUCUGCCAAGCCCGUUCUGGCAAGCAAAACUUGUUUUUGUCCCUCUCAUGGUCUUGAAAGUUCCUGGAGGGGACAAGACUGUCCUUUCGUACUCCAGCAAGCGCUGGGGCUUGCAGGGCAUCCCAUGGAGAGUUAAGUAGCCAUCCAUUUUCUGUGCCUUGUGAAGCGUUUCACAACUGAAUGCUAAGAUACAACUGCACCCUCCAAUUAUCUGCCCAGUGGGGAUGUGUGUAAGGACUAAAAAUCAUUUUCUCGUCUUUAAACCACCAGUGAAGGCACAAGAUCACAUCUCUUUAAGCCAUAACCAUUUUAGCGCCUGUAAGUCUGAAUUACCCCCAGUUCAGCACAGGCUGUGUCGAUGCUCGGCUGUGACGCUUACAGCCAGUUAGCAGCAAGACAGGCUCAUGACUGCACGUGGCUGUGCCGCAGUCACCCCGUGCGGUCCCUUCCCCAGCCCACGGAGCUCCCUGGGCGCUGGGGACUUUGGUGACCCACAGCGCCUGCUUCCAGUUACUGUCACACCGAGCCACCAGCUGUGUCUGCGGUGGGGACAGGCUGCUCCCAGCCUCCCGUCCCCGGGGCAGCCAGCAUUAUUGUCACUGGCUCUCCCCCCUGCCUUGGGACGCUUUGCACAGGACUUCCCAGGCCCAGGCGAGGCCUGGGGCAUGCCGGGGAGGCAAGAGUGACGUUCCCAAAGGCGGCACGACAGAGCCAGCCUGGGGUUGUUUGGCAAAGGAAAAGGAGCAAGUGUGGGUGACAUUCACAGAGGUUGAGGUCAACCUCAUCCUUCUUGGGGAGAGACAAACUAAACCCAGGCUAACAACAUUGCUGGAUUGUUGGGUUUUCUUUUUUUUUUUUCCAUCUUCCCAGGUUCCUGCAAGAAUGAACUCUAGCUGAGCGAGGACCUGGAGCAAGCCGAGUGCAUCCACAGCUCUUAUCUCACUCUCCAGGCCCAGGCUGGGGACAAAGCCACAUCAUCUACAGGAAGGCACAGGGUAGCAGGAGAAGGCUGGUUUCCCAUCAGCAUCUCCACCAUUUUCUCUUCCAACUCACCUUAUCAAAGGUCACGCAGUUACUUCCAAACUGGACUCUGAGCCCUCAGCAUCUCACCCCCUUCCUGCCGGAGAGGCAGAAAAUAAAUGCCUUACCUCAUGCCAUUAGUGCCUGUCUGGCUGUGCCAGAGAGACUGGCUGUAUGUGAAGCCGUGUGGUGCUUAGCUUUGCCUGGCUUUUACUCAGCAUCACCCUGGGACAUCAUCUCCCAGGGAGCAGGGGGCACAGGGGUGGUUGUGCUGCCUGCCCAGCGGAGCACAGACCUGGCCUGGGCAGGACAGGUGCCCCCCACCCAUGCUCCCACCCAAAGAAGGUGGGGGACAAGUCCUGCGUUUGGAGGACUACGGCCAAAAAGGACUUGUGGCAGAGGGGGCAGCCCCAAGCCAGGCAUCACGGCAGGGGAUGGGUGCAACUGGUCCCUGCAAAGGUACUCCGCUGGCUGGGUCCAGGGAGCGGGUGCCCAUCCCUGCAGCUUCUGUUCUGCUCUCUGGGACCAGCCUCCCUCCACGAGCGCUGGAGGUGGGCUGGUGCCUCACUGCUUCUUAGCAUGGCAGCUGCAGCAGCUUCCUCUGAGUUUACCUGCUCCUGCUCGCCGACCUCUGCACCAGCCCUGGGCCCUACAGAGCAGUAACAAGGAUGAUGCUUUUACCUGGGCCGGAA